CAUUCCUCAAUCAACACAAAGAUAAAAUCCUCAGCAACAGCAAACACACAAUAUAACAUCCAACAGCCACCAAACAAAGAAAAAUAAAAAUAAAAAUUCCAACAAUGGUGAAAUCCACAAGCAAGAAACCUGCAAGGACAAGUGACUCUAUUUACAAGGGUGUCCGCAAGCGAAAGUGGGGCAAAUGGGUUUCAGAAAUCAGACUACCAAACAGCCGCCAAAGAAUUUGGUUGGGAUCCUACGACACCCCUGAAAAAGCCGCUCGUGCUUUCGACGCUGCACUUUUUUGCUUACGUGGCUGCUCUGCCAAGUUUAAUUUUCCCGACAAUCAACCAGACAUAGAAGGUGGCCGCUCGCUUAGUCCUCCCCAAAUUCAAGCCGCUGCGGCAAGGUUCGCAAAUUCCGAGCCUUCAAGUUCAAGAACUCAAUCUUCGGAACAGUCUGUGUCCGAUUUACAAACGGAAUAUUCUUCUCCGUCUAUUUCAGACUUAGACAGUGGUGGUGCCUUUGACUGCUCCUUCUUGGAUUUUUUAUCUACCACGAAUUCCAGUAAUUACGUGCCGGAUCUUGGGGUUUUUUCUCAGUUUGAUGAUCUGUCUGGUGAUAUUUUUGCAGCACCACCUUCGACCGUUGAUUAUGGAGACCAAAUUAAUUUUGAUGGGAUUUUAGUGGAUGAUUCAUUUCUUUGGAAUUUCUAACUCUAGGUGAUUAGUUAAGUCAGAGUUCUGGAAAUUUUUAGAUUCUGGAGCUGCUGAUUGGUACAGAUAGACCAUUUUUUCACGGUCUUCUUCUUUUAGUCGAGUGAAAUAUGAACUUGAAUUGGGGGAGAAGAUUGUAAAAUGAAUAACUUGUACUUCUUUUUGCACGUGGUGAAUUGAAUUGAGUUAUUUUUUUUAAUCAAUGUAAGGUAUUUGCCACAUGUAACUCGUUGUUUUAAUUGUGGAUGAGUAUAUAUUUUGCACGUUGUGUAAA